AUGGCGACGACUGAGCAAAAAUGGGCUGCUGGAGAGCCGAAGAGAUUUGCGAUUGACGUGAGUGGAGCGGGUCCAGGUGCGUUGAGUGUUGUACCGAUGCGGGAGCGUGACAUCGAAUGCUCAGUGGAGAAGGGUGAUGCGCCCGGUACCUACUACGUCAUUCUGAAACCACUCGCUACCGGCCCUCAUUUGGUGUAUAUUCUGUACGGUGGACGUGAAAUUCCAAAUGGAAUUAUUUCCUUUGAGGUUCGUUUGUUUGGUGUUUUAUGCGAACAGUAA